GUCAAUAACUGGUAUAAAGAAUGCGGCGACUUUUGCAAUUGGACGUCUGUGUGAGGCUCUCUUUUCCGCUUCUGCUUCUGCUUCUGCUUCUACAGCCAACUCUUCAACUCGCCCCAUUCCAAUCCAGGACCACACUCAACAGUGUGACCAGCAUAGACAGCAACAAUGUGGCCGAGUUUUCACGUCGUUUGGCCAACUUCUCGCUUAGAAUGUACCACACACUAAACUCGCUGAGGCCCAAUCAGAACAUUGUCUUCUCCCCCUUCUCCAUCCAGAGCUGCGCGGCAAUGGCCCGAAUGGGCGCCUCGGGGGAAACUGCUGACGAGUUGGAUCGUGGCCUGGAACUCGUCUCCAAUGAUGCCACUCAGAUUGCCAAGAGCUUCAACGAUGUACUCGCUGCGUAUGAGAACAGUUCCAUUCUACACAUUGCCAACAAAAUCUACAUAAUGAAGGGAUUUGAACUGCGGGAAGAAUUCAGUUCGCUGCUCACCAAACAGUUUCUAUCGCCUGCGGAGAAUGUGGACUUUGCCAGGAAUGUGGAGGCAGCGGGUCUUAUCAAUUCCUGGGUGGAGCAACGCACUGACAACCUAAUCAAGUAUCUUAUUCCGGCCAGUGAUCUGGAUGCCGACUCUCGUCUCGUGUUGAUCAAUGCGAUGCACUUCAAGGGCAACUGGGUGCAUCCAUUUGAGGAGCGAUCAACCCGCAAUGAGCGCUUCCACUUGAACGAACUGGAUGCCAUCGAUGUCCCUAUGAUGCACUUACAGGAAGUUCUCCGUUAUGCUGAUCUGCCCAGUCUAGAUGCCUCCGCACUGGAAUUACCCUACGCGAAGUCGGACUUCUCCAUGUUGAUAGUGCUGCCCAAGAGCCGGACUGGACUGUCCCAGUUGGAGGAGAAGCUGCGAAACACACCGCUCGACAAGAUCACGGAGCAACUGCACGAGGUUCAAGUGGAUGUCAAGUUGCCCAAGUUCAAGUCCGAGUUUCAGGUGGAGCUGACAGAGGCUUUUAAUCAGCUGGGCAUGACUCACUUGUUCUCAAGUCAAGCUGACUUUAGUAGGAUGCUCAAAAGUCCGGAAGAUGGCAAAUUGAAAGUGUCGAAGAUCAUUCACAAGGCCUUCAUUGAGGUGAAUGAAUUGGGCACUCAGGCUGCCGCAGCAACCGGAAUGAUACCAGUUCCUGAGUCGGAGUUCAUUUCUUUGGUAGAGCCCACACCUUUUCAUGCCGAUCAUCCAUUUAAUUACUUUAUUAUCAAUAAGCAGAGCACUGUGUUCUUUGCAGGCAAAGUACUAAAACUUUGAACACGACAAACUUUUUACCAAACAAGCAUGUCAAAUUCUUAAAAAGAACUGUAGCAAAUAAAAAAA